AUGAGUAGGAGACAAGUUAGGGCGCCUUUGCACUGUCAAGAGCCUCUAUUUGUGAGAGCUUCAGCUCCCGGUAGAAUGAUCGGUCAAGACUUAGUAAAGGGUGGUAACCAGCAAGGAGUUGCCACCCGCGACCCUGAGCCGGCACCUCGAGUACGCUGCGAAGCACCACGCGCAUUGUGUAUCUGCAUCUACCAGCUAGGAGGUAGAAUGAUCAGUCAAGACUUGGCCAGGGGUGCCAACCAGCAAGGAGUUGCCACCCACGGAAGAGAUCCUUUCGAACCAUCUUCCCGUGACAAUUAUGACUUGUACUCCGAUCCUGAGCCGGCGACUCGAGUACGCGGCGAAGCACCACGCGCGAUGUGUAUCUGCAUCUACCAGCUAGGUGCAAAUAUAGAAGAAUGCCCUCUCAAGCCAGGAGUCCCAAGUUGCCAUUUCUUUCACCCAGUCACCGCAACAGGAACAUUCGCUUGA